CGGUGCCGUGGCGGGUCCGGGCGGGCCCGCGGGGGGAGCGGAGCGGCUGCGGCAGCGGCAGCGGAGCCUCGGCCCGGCCCGGCCGCCACCAUGCCCGGCAUCGACAAACUGCCCAUCGAGGAGACGCUGGAGGACAGCCCGCAGACCCGCUCUCUGCUGGGAGUAUUUGAAGAAGAUGCUGCUGCAAUAUCCAGUUACAUCAAUCAGUUAUUUCAAGCCAUGCACAGAAUAUAUGAUGCACAGAAUGAGUUAAGUGCAGCAACUCAUCUGACUUCAAAGCUUCUGAAGGAAUAUGAGAAACAGCGCUUCCCACUCGGGGGAGAUGAUGAAGUCAUGACUUCCACUCUGCAGCAAUUCGCAAAAGUGAUUGAUGAGCUCAGCUCUUGCCAUGCAGUACUUUCAACUCAACUUGCAGAUGCAAUGAUGUUUCCUAUUACCCAGUUUAAAGAAAGGGAUCUAAAAGAGAUAUUAACUCUAAAAGAAGUUUUCCAAAUUGCAAGCAAUGACCACGAUGCUGCCAUUACCAGAUACAGUCGGUUGUCAAAGAGAAGGGAAAAUGAAAAGAUCAAGGCUGAAGUUACAGAAGAUGUAUAUACUUCCAGGAAAAAACAGCAUCAGACUAUGAUGCAUUAUUUCUGUGCAUUAAAUACUCUCCAGUACAAAAAGAAAAUUUCUCUGCUGGAACCCUUGCUAGGAUACAUGCAAGCUCAGAUAAGCUUUUUUAAAAUGGGUUCAGAAAAUCUUACUGAGCAACUGGAAGAGUUUUUGACCAAUAUUGGCACAAGUGUACAAAAUGUUCGCAGGGAAAUGGAUUGUGAAGUAGAAAACAUGCAACAAACCAUAGAGGACUUGGAAGUGGCGAGUGAUCCACUGUAUUUGCCUGAUCCUGAUCCUACAAAAUUUCCUGUUCACAGGAAUCUGACACGGAAAGCUGGCUAUCUCAAUGCAAGAAAUAAGACAGGGCUGGUAUCUUCCAGUUGGGAGAGACAGUUUUACUUCACCCAAGGUGGAAAUCUGAUGAGCCAGGCCAGGGGUGAUGUAGCUGGGGGACUUGUCAUGGACAUAGACAACUGCUCGGUGAUGGCUGUGGACUGUGAGGACAGACGGUACUGCUUCCAGAUAACGUCGUUCGAUGGCAAAAAGUCUUCAAUCUUGCAGGCAGAAAGUAAAAAGGAUUAUGAAGAGUGGAUAUGCACCAUAAACAACAUAUCUAAACAGAUAUAUCUAAGUGAAAACCCUGAGGAAAUGGCUGCCCGUGUCAAUCAGUCAGCCCUGGAGGCUGUCACUCCAUCUCCCUCCUUCCAGCAGAGGCACGAGAGCAUGAGGCCAGCUGGGCAAUCUCGUCCCCCUGCAGCUCGUACCAGCAGCACAGGCUCCCUGGGAUCUGACUCAGCAGCUUUAUCAGCACUUUCCUUGGAUUCACUCGUGGCCCCUGACACUCCUAUACAGUUUGACAUCAUAUCUCCAGUUAGUGAAGAUCUGCCUGGCCAAGCAAAGUCCUCAGGGCAGUCGGGCAGACGCACAAAUCCUUUUGGUGAAUCUGGAGGCUCAAAAUCUGAAACAGAAGAUUCAAUUCUUCAUCAGUUAUUUAUUGUAAGAUUUCUUGGCUCCAUGGAGGUGAAGUCUGACGAAAGCCCGGAUGUUGUUUAUGAAACAAUGCGUCAGAUCCUGGCGGCUCGUGCCAUCCAUAACGUUUUCAGGAUGACAGAGUCACAUUUGUUAGUCACCUGUGACUGCUUAAAGUUAAUUGAUCCACAGACACAAGUGACAAGACUACGAUUCCCUUUGCCCAGUGUAGUUCUCUGUGCUACACACCAGGAGAAUAAACGCCUGUUCGGAUUUGUGCUCAGAACCUCAGGAGGGAGAGCUGAGAGCCGCCAGACUUCCAUCUGCUACAUAUUUGAAUCAAAUAAUGAAGGGGAAAAGAUUUGUGACUCUGUUGGACUGGCCAAACAGAUAGCUUUUCAUGCAGAACUGGAUCGGAAAGCAACAGAAAAGCAGAAAGAAAUAGAGAGAGUCAAAGAGAAACAACAAAAAGAACUGAAUAAACAGAAGCAAAUUGAAAAGGACUUGGAGGAGCAGAGCCGGUUGAUUGCUGCUUCCAGCAGAUCCAACCAGAGCAGUGGAGAAGGACAGUUUGUAGUCCUGAGCAGUAGCCAGUCAGAAGACAGUGAUUUAGGAGAAGAUGGAAAGAAGAAGAGAGAAUCUGAAGCCUAAGGCUGCCCACUUCAUUAAAAUUGGAAUCAUGGAUAUAUCUGGUGAAAUGGCACAAGUUCUACAACAAGUGAAAUGUAGGUGGUGGGUCUGUUGUAUUAUAGAAAAGACUUCUCAAUAUAUAGACCCUAUUAUGCCUUGAUUUUUAUUUCUCAGUUAAGUGAUUUCCAUUUUCCUGUCAGUAUAAUUUCUCUUCCAUAUGCCAGAUGAAGCAUGGUGAUGCUGCCAUGUUUAUUACAAAUUUAUGUUUUCUCAAGGCUUCUCUGCAGUAUGAAAAAAAUGUGGGUUUUUCCCCACUUACUUCUCUGUGCAAUUAACUGCUUUUGAAGCAAAAUUUAAAACUCCCCUUGGGCUUCAGCAGCACAUGAAACUCAUUCUAUCCACUGCACUAUGGAGAACACCUUGCUGGAAACAGAAGGGAAUGUCCAAAUAAGACAGUGCUAAGCUUUACCCAAUUUGUUGCACAUAACUGUUCUUAGAUUUAGAAAGAAAAAUCCUUAUUAACAUCAGUGAGAUGUGCAAUAGUUCUAGACAGAAGGAUCUUUUUUGUUUCGUUUUGCACUGUAUGAUAUUGCAUUGGGGUCUUUUGGGGGUGAUUAUAAUGCUGAAAGACUUCUUUCACCAGGAGAAAAAGAUACUGUCAGACCUAGAUGAGAGCUGAUGAGCUGCAGUUGAACUUUGCUGCCUGAGGAAAAGCAUUCCUGAUGAUAGGAGCAAUGUGUAUAGCCUGGGAGCACAAGUGCCAUGUUCUUGGUUUUUCCCCAGUCCUUGGAAUAAAGAGCUGUUAAGCCUUUGAGUUCACUUUUAUAAGACAUGCUUAGAGUUGCAAGAACGUCUUGAAUUCCAUUAAUCUUCGGCACAUGUAAAUGCCUUGAUGCCAGUGCACUGCAUCUACUGCAAAGGAGUUGAGGCUCUGUAAGUCUUCCUAUAAAAAGGGAUUUUGCAAACAGAAUUUGCCAUUUGGGAAGUAAGAGAUGAUCCUAAUCCUACAUCCCAGAGUCAAUCCUGGAAAGCAUUUUUCAAAGCAGUGUCUGUUUACAGCUUGUAAUCUGCACUCCAUAUUCCAUACCCUGUGUAAUAUUUAUUUUGUAUAGUAUUAGAUGUGCAUUCACCUUUUGAUCCAGAAGAGAAAACUUGUUUGAAGAGAAAUAUUUAUUUUUGCACUAAUUACUAUAAAUAUUAAAAUCCAGUGGAACAGAAGAUAGAUAGCUCUCUAACAGUGGCACGAAGAUAACAGGACAUGUAGAGAGAGAAUAUACUUAUACUCCAAGUUAUAAUAUAACAGUUAUGAGUGGUUUACAGUUCAUUGCAGGGCAUUUCUGGUGUUCAGGAAUGGAAGCAAUUUUCAGAGUAAGCAAUUUUCAGAGUAUCUCCCCAGCAGCUGGUGAUGGCCCAGCCCUUCAUAGCUGGGCUGCUCAGUGCUGAUGAAGUCAGUGAGGAAUCUCAGGUCACAGCUGUGGGUGCACAGAGGGCUCUCCUUGCACACUGGAGUGCCCUGCACUGGCUAAAGCAGCUCCUCCUGCCCUGGCUGCUGUGACUGUGUGUGCAGGAGGUCACUGAGCACUCCUGAGGCAGGGCAGAAGGGCAGCAGUGCUGUCCUUGCAGCAGGACGAGCACACAAGCAGGAGAUGGAACAGCUCCCAGCAGAUGUUGGUGGCACCACAGUCCAGGGAGGGGCUGGAGCAGUCACUGGAGAGGUCACAGUACCUGUGACAGUACAGGGGUCACAGCACCCCUGGCUUGACUGAGGAGGGGGAAGCUGAGCACAGGUAGGCUCCAGGCUCUCUUCCCAUUGCAUUUCUCAGCCCCAGAGCAGCCAGGCACUUGCAGAUGUACCUGCUUUUACUGCUGCCCAGUGAGGCCAAGUGGUAUUGCCCUGUGGCCAGAUUUGUCUACCACACAUGGAGCACACCAACCUGAGGCUUCUUUUAAGAGAGUGGCAUUUUUAUUUCAUAUCUAGUAUCCUUAAGAUACUAUAUUGAUUCUUUCCUACAGAAAUGUACAGAGAGGCUGCAAAUCCAGAUUUUUUCCCAUUUGGGGCCUAAAUCAAGGCUUACAGAGAGUCCAGUGUAGCCAGUUUGCAAAUUAUUCUGGUUCAUGUUUCAUUAGUUUAGGUUUUUUGUUUGUUUUUAUUUACUGAUAUUUCUGUUUUCUAUCAAAUAAUAUCUCGAGGCAGCUCAAGGUUACUGCUAUGACUUGUAUCUUUCUCAAGUACGUGCUAAAGAUGAAGAAUUUUAGAAACAGCACAGGAAGACUGAAAUCAGUGAUCUCCAGUGUGUAGAACCCAGUCCUCAUCUUGUCAGGGAAGGACUGACUGUGUUAAUUAAGCACUUGAGCUGCAGUAGCCCAGGCUCCAGAGGGAAGGCAGGUGAUAGAUGAGCACUCUCAUGACAAAGCAUUUCUCAUGUGUAGCCUGUUCUGCAUUAGCCUUAUUGAAGAAAUGGCAGAAAAUGGAAUUGUUGUAUUUUUUCUUGAAUCCUGCUAUUACAAUUUUAGAUCUAAAUCUGCAAAGAUGAGGAAGAAAAACAAAUAAAGUGGCAGGUGAAUUCACCACCAUAUGGGAUUUUUCAGAUUCAGCAAUACAUGAUUUGAACUAUUCCAUUUGAUUUUCAGGGAUUCCAUUGCCUGAAAUGUAUUUUUCCAGUGCCAUUAAAUGUGGGUUUCUAAAACAGCACAGGACUGAGGUGCAUUUCACUGGUGUUGGAUGAUUUUCAUCUUAACCACUAAAAGAAGGAGAAAUGAUUGAAGAGAGUAGUUAAAGAAAACAGAUUGAUCUGCAUGAAUGAAAUGAAGGGGUUGUUUUUUUGCUUAUUUUGGGGAGUUUCACUGGUGUAAAAUGAGCAAGAAGGUAUAAAAGCAUCUGGGAUAAUGGUGAAAGCUGCAGGAGCCAGUGGCAGGUCAGGAGACAGGAGAAAGUCAGAUGGGAAUGGUGCAUUGAGUUAUUAGGGGGGUUGGGAGUUACUGAGCUUUGCCUAAGGGGAGGAUCACACAGCUCUGUAAUUAGAACUAUCUCAAGGCAAAAAUAGCUGCUGAGUUAUUAUCCAUGGCCUCCUUCCCAAAAUAAAAAAACUAUUUGGUACCUUUUCUUCCUAUGAGGUCCAGAACUGCUUCAUUAUAAAACAGUUUUGUUAAUUUAAAAAAGAAAUCAGAAUGCUUAUUAUUUUCCUUGAGAAUAUGGCUUCUAGUGGGAACACCUUGUGUUCUGCUGGGAACUGCUGUGGUAGGAUUUCACCACCUGAGCAUUGUAUUACUGUGACUAAAUUACUGGUUGAUUUCCUCUCCUGUAAUUUAUUUCUCCUGUUUAUUAUUUCCUAUUGCCUUUUACUCAAAGGCUGAUCUUUCAAGUACUGCCAGCUGAAGCUGUAGUUUGCUUCAUGUGCAUCUACUAUUAUUUGAGUCACUCCUGAAAAUAUUCUUUCAAGCCCCUGGUUUUGAAGUGACUUUGUGCAGGUGCUGAUGGGCAGUGGUGUUCAGGACUAACUUGUUAUGUUGCUGAUUGCAGCCUCGUAGUUCCUGCCACACUUCAGGCCUCAGGUGAGGGGAUGUGAACCCUGUAAAUGCAGAUUUACAGGCUGCAGAACAAGCAAGUCUUGCUGGCAGUUGUUUCAAGCUACAUACAUUGUGUAUGUAAUGGCAUGUAUAUAAAACAUAUCAGGUGUGCUUAUGGGUCUGCAUUUUAUUGCAUUAGAGAUAAUCCCUGGCACUCCUCUGUGGGCUCUGGUAGGAUGUGGCCAAGUCUAAAGCAGAGGACAAGGGCAAAGUCAUGUACAACUCAGCCAUGUAAAAGUGGCUACAAGCAGGUAGUGUAAAGUCAUUUGAAUGUCAUAGUCUUGCUUCCUUAAUCUGUUUAGUUUAAAAUUGUAUCAAGACAAUUCACUAUCUAACAGUAAGGUAAUAUUUCAGGGUUAAGGAACAUUUCCCCCCAUAAAGUUGUCUUUAUAUGGAUGUUAACUCAGAGCUGAAAAUCCUGAAACAGCUGAAGCUAUUUAUGAAGCUGUAAUUUAUGUGCAUUGAUAUAAAAGGUAAAUUUGACUAUGUUUAUGUUUUAAGGUAAAUUCUGAUUAAGUAGUUGCACAGCUUUUGGGAAAAGCCAAUGGAGAAAACUAUGUUAACAAUGUAGUCUCUUAUUAUUUCAGAAAUCAUUCACAUAGAGAAAGAAAACCUGUCACUGCUUAGUGAAUUUAAUAGAGACACUGUCUAGUCUAACAGCAGAAGCUGAUAUUUUAUAUUAUUUUCCUUACUUUGUAUUACAAAAAUUCUUGCAAGGUAAUUAGUCUCCAGUGCUUUUCUUUUUAGUCAAGCACUAAGUUGACUUUUUUUUUCCCUUUGCCACAGUGGUGUCUAAAUUGUCAUGACAAGAAUAAGUCAGUGUGUCAUUGUGAAUGCACUUGUAUUCCUAAUCAGUUUUGUAUUGCAAGACAAGGACUUUGUACAAUCUUUCUGGUCAUUUUUAUAAUAGAGUGGAGUGAUCAAAUUCUUACAAUGAUGUUCUGGAUUGGUCCUGUUCUGGUGAAGUGUAAGUGAUUUUUGCAAUGUUUGAGACUGACUUGCACAUUUUCCCUGAAUAGCUGUGUUAAAAACCACCAAUGGCAUAUUUAUGUCAACUGAUUGUUGUGUCUUAAUCUUGGAAACAUGGACAGUAACCCUAUUGUGCCAGGGCUCCAGUCAGCAUUUUGUAGAUUAAAUAAAAGCUUAACUCUUGUAACUUUCUGGGUGGGACUUGUACUGAUGCAAAAGCCUCCUGCAUUUUUCAUAGCACUGACCUUCAGGAAGUACCAUUGUUGGUGACAGGACGUGUUCCCUUCCAUUAACCAAAGCUCUGACAUGCAGUUAUCUCCCUCUGUCAUCAAGUGUAGCUCAGUUCUCUUCAUUUCCAUACCUGUUGCCAGACAACCUCCGAGGAAGUCGUUAUUACUCGGGAAUGCUGGGAACUUAUUUUUGCAACACUCCCAGACUGAAGCUGAGGAGGAGCCGUGGCAGGGGCUGUGCAGUGCCCGUGGGGGGGCUGUGGCAGGGGCUGUCACACAGGACUGUCCCACAGUGCCCGUGGGGGGCUGUCACACAGGCCAUGACAGGCCCUGCAGAGCUGCUGUUAUGGGAACACUGAGUUCCCCUGGAUGGAGGCUCUGCCAGCACAGCACUAACCUGGGCACUGGACACACCUUGACAGGCUUCAGUAGGUUACUAUAUGAUAAAGACCAUGUAAAAAGCCAUGGGUCAUAACUACAUUAUGGUAAAAUUUGUAUUUUAUAAGGUUUGUAGAUUUUUCUGGGGAAAAGCAGACUUUUGAAUUCUGUAACUUCCGUGAUAAAGAUGCAUGUAUAACUACAAAAAAAAUAAAUCUAUGCUUACUUGAUAAUGAAGGAAUAAAUACUACUAAUGCCAAA